GGCCGCCGCCAUGGCGAAGCGCGGCGAGACGAAGGGCGACUGGGAGGCCAAGCGCCAGAUCGCCGAGCUGCUGGGGCUGCGCCCGCCGGAACCGGAGACGAAGCGGGGGCCGGUGCGGAUCUGGGCGCAGACGCGGCUCGACCAGAUGGUGGUGCCCGGGGAGCAGCUGCUGCUGCGGGAGCUGGCCGGCACGGGCGGCGGCGACGAGAGGCGGCUGCCGGAGCUGAUCGUGGGCUGCCGGCCCCGCGUGCUGUGCGGGCCCGGCCUGCGCCGCCACGACCACUAUCUCCUGGUCACCAAGUGCGGCCUGCUGCGGCACAGGCACGGCGGCAGCUCCGGCUUCGGCAUGUACUGGGUGGACUCCCAGCAGAAACGGUAUAUCCCAGUUAAAGGAGAACAUGUGAUAGGCAUAGUAACAGCGAGAACUGGAGAUACAUUCAGGGUGGAUUUUGGCGGAAGUGAGACCGCAUCGCUAUCCUAUUUGGCGUUUGAAGGUGCAACCAAAAGAAACAGACCAGAUGUGCAGGUGGGAGAUCUUAUUUAUGGUCAGUUCAUUGUCGCCAACAAAGACAUGGAACCAGAGAUUGCGUGUAUCAGCAGUGGCGGAAAAGGAAAUGGAAUGGGCGUAAUUGGACAAGAUGGCCUUUUGAUUAAGGCUAGUUUGGGUUUAAUUAGAAAGCUUCUAACCCCAGGAUGUGAAAUCAUUCAGGAGAUGAGUAAACUCUACCCAAUGGAGAUAGUAAUUGGAAUGAAUGGGAGAAUAUGGGUAAAAGCAAGAACCACCCAACAGACUUUAAUCCUGGCAAAUAUUUUAGAGGCCUGUGAGUUCAUGACAACCGACGAAAGAAAGCAAAUAUUAGCCAGGCUGGCAGACAGAUGAUGACUACGGCAGGUGCCUUUAUCAGAGACAUCCGUUCAGAUAGCGGAGGCAGGAUUUUAUACAAAAAAAGUGCCUUUGUGGGGGACUAUUCAAAUUUGGACAAACUUUUAAUGGCACCUUCUUGGUUCCUAAAGAGAUUGCUAUGGGAUGCGGUAGCUGUAAAUUUGAUACAGUAUAAUAUGAAAUUAGUCACAUUAGUGAAAUUUGGAAAUCACUAUUCCAUUGAACCAUGCUUCGUAGCGAAGGCAAGUUAUCAGCGAUGGCACUGUGAGAACUCUUUCGGCUUUCAUUUACGGGAAAAUAAAAACUGGUUGACGAGGGCAGCGAACCCGACUGGUAUGUUCCAGCAUACGAAAGGACCCCGGGAGCCUCCCAGAUGUGCUCUGAGAGUUUCUGCCUACUGGAAUCGUGAAAAGGACGGGGACUAGCUGGCAACAACCUCUGAGCUCCAAGCCCUACACCUGAGUUUUACAAGAGGAUUAAAUUGCCCAUUCACCUGGGUUAUCACCAGGAAUAAGCAAAACUGCAGAACGGAAAGCCAGGAAUGUUAAACCCUCUGGAGUUGACCAUAUCCCAAACAAGUGAAAAACAGCAAAUGUCAUUGGAAAAGUUAUUGGAAUUCUCAUUCUAGAUGACUCCGGUGUAACAUAGGAAAAAAUGGGCAACAGAUUAGCUGGACGGGCGCAGCAGGUGUCUGUAGACAACUCUUUUUAAAUAAGAAUU